GCUAUGAUAGACAUGUUGUUGCAUCAGUAUUGGAAAAAGGUGACAGAGUUCUCGUGAGAAACGUCAGAUUGAGAGGAAAGAAUAAACUUGCCGACAAAUGGGAAGAAAUGGUCUACGUUGUAAUUGAUCAACAUGGUGAUUUACCUGUGUACAAAGUGUGUCCUGAGUUUCAAACCGGGCCCAUUCGGACUUUACAUUGUGACUUACUACUUCCUUGCGGAACCCUCUCUUCUGAUGUAAAAGAGCUUGAGUUACCAAGUCCAGUUCCAAAGCGUAAAACUCGUAGUAGAGCAGUCUGUGAAGAUUCUGAAAAUAUUCCUGACUCAGAUGAGGAGGUUUACUAUUUAGGACCUCAAUUAGAUGUUGUACAUGAGUCUUACACACUUCACACUUCUGAAGUUACGCAACCUGAGAAGAAUACUGUUAAAUUCUUGAAGUCGAGCUCAGAGAAUGAAACCCCAAAUGGUGAGAUUCAGCCUGAAGAAAACUUACCUGGAGAUCCUGAAGAAAACUUACCUGGAGAUCCUGAAGAAAACUUACCUGGAGAUCCUGAAGAAAACUUACCUGGAGAUCCUGAAGGAAACUUACCUCUGAGUCUUGAAGUCGAACCUGAAAGAGAGAACACAGUCCAGCUAACUCAUUCAGCUACCUCGGUGGCAAGUGAAUCAAGUGUUCAUAGAGAAUCACCCAUGGAUAGAUCUGGUUCAGCUGGAGAGGAAUCAAACAAUGUUAAAGUUGCUGAAACUUGUACAGGAGUCCAAGAACCUAAGGAGAUCAUAGAUGGAAAUGAGCUAAGAAGAUCUACCAGAAUUAGAGAGAAACCCAAGGUCUUGACUUACCCCAAAUUAGGAAACCCUCUGAUUACAAUAGUUCAGUCCCUUCUUCAAGGUCUGAAUGAUGCUUUUUCAGAGUCCUUGCAAGAACGUUCCCAAUUGAGUUGUCCUGUAUCUCAAGAGUAUGUACUCACUAAGGAUGUGCAAAGGGACUUGCAAGAUUUUAAGGGGGGAGGGUGUAACCCAGGCUCAAAAACAUUUGUAGUCUGAGGUAGUGAUAAAAUAAAUAAUUUUAUUAAAUGAUAAAUGAACAAAGACAUUUCUAAGUAGUAAAAUUAAGAUAAAGUUUUCAAUCAAAUAUGGUUUAUUUACAAUAUAAGUAAAAACAAAGGAAAAAAAACUAAAGAAAAAGUUUUUUGUUGUAAUCUUUAUUCUGAUUUGUGCUAUUGAUCUGCACUGCACAACUGGGCAGCCAGUUGCGUGUAAGUAGGUCACGCUGACUCCGCCCUAGGCAGAAGCUGCUGGAAAGGGGAAAGAUAGAGAGCAUGAGAGCUGAAGCAUGAGCCACAUGUUGCUCAAAUCUUUGAUAAAGUUUGGAUUUUUGAGAGGUUUAUUCGAGAAAUACACCUGGAAGAUAAAACUGCCAUCCGGUCAUCAUCCGGUGAAAAUCUGAAGGAGAUAAAAAUAUAUUUUUGUUAUAUGAGGGAAUCGGCCAGUUUUGUUAUCUGAGAAAUCAGAUUCUGGAUCUCUUUACUGUGGACUGCAUUAAUCUGGAACUUCGAAUGUGCAUCGUGUGAGAUGGCGAGCCACCAUGAGACACCUACUUUUCUUCUGUUGAUAUCUGCGUUGCAAUUUCUACAAAUUGUUUCGCUGGAUUAUUGAAGGUUUGAUUAUUGAAGCACUGGAACAUUCAUUCUAAGGAACUGAGGAAAGAGAAAUUAUUAAUCUCAUUUGAACUGAUAUACUUGAACUUGGUUGAACUAUAUAUUCUAAGGAGAUUUUUUGCAUUUGAGUCUAUAUUGUUUAUUAUACGAAUUAUUACUCUACUUUUAGAGUUGGUUUACUUUCUUUUACAUUCCUUUUAUUUUAAUUUUGUUUAUAUUGUGAUAUUGUCAUACUAAAAUUUUCUUUUCUUUGGUAACAAUUAUAAACACAACAUACAUAAACAUUUACAUUCAAACUA